AUGAACUCUCCCAAGCCAAUCCUCAUGCUUGGCGGCACAGGCUACAUCGGCAGCACCGUUCUCACGCACCUUCUCAAGACUACCGACACCAUACUGCGCUCUUCGCCCAUAACUCUUCUCCUCCGCGGACCGCCCUCGCGCCACGAUCCGUUCCUCGCCGAAGGCUUUCAUGUUCUCCCAUUUAACUCACUCUCCGAUACCGCCACCCUCGAGCCCGCUGCGCGCGAUCAUCACAUUGUCGUCAACGCGGGCAUCGGGUACCAUCUUGAAUCCAGCCUCGCACUCCUCAGAGGGUUGACAGCGCGGAAGGCAGAAGGCCAUACGGCGAUUUACAUCCACACAGAUGGCACAAGCAAUUUGGGCGAUCGGCCGGUGUCCGGAGCGUACGUUGAACCUGAAGGGGUCAGGGAGUUCAGCGACGCACACGACGACAUAUACUCCUAUAUGAAAGCUCGUGAACAGCACGAAUCGUACAUCCAGCGCGCGACGUCGGUCGCUGUGAUAGAAAAGGGUCUGGAGCUGGGUGUACCGACGUACACACUAAUGCCACCCACGAUCUACGGCGAGGGAACAGGAGGACGAUUCGGGGGCAACUUACACUCGACGAUGAUUCCGCUUCUGAUCCAGGACGCAGUGAAGCACGGAGUGGCCAGCGUCAUCGGGGAUGGAACCGGAGUGAGAGAUUAUGUGCAUGUGGAGGACUUGGCGGCUUUGUAUGAGCUCGUCCUUGGGACUCACUUGCGCGGCGGAAGAAUGCCAAACGGUGAAGAAAUGCCUUACGGAAAAAGGGGCAUAUACUUCUCAAGUAGCGGGACGUAUACGUGGAUGGAGGCAUCUCAAGCUAUUGCCGACGCCGGAUUUGAAAUGGGCGUAUUGCACACAAGGGAUGUCAAGAAGCUUGGCCUGAGUGAAGCAGCAGAGAGGUGGAAUGGAGGUGAUGAGAUGUUGGCCGAGCUUGGUCUGGCGAGCAACAGUGUGACGAAGAGUGACUUGGCAGAGCUUUUGGGAUGGAAGCCACGCAGGUCGGGAGAAGAUAUCAAGAACCAUUUCUCUAAAGAGUUCGAGGUUAUUCUUGAGGAGAUGAAAGGCAAAGGAGAUGCAGAAGAGAGUUUGGUCAUUGCUGGGAAAGCUGCGGCUCGGACUGAGUAG